AUGGCGGCCUUUUCUUUGAACUAUUCUAUAAAAUUGGAAAGAUUGGCCAUGGAAUGGGCUGCACAAUGUCGUUGGGAACACCCAGAUCCCAACUACUAUACUCAGUACAAAGGCAUCGGACAGAAUCUUGCAUUAAAAAGUGGCCCCAAACAGUCAUUUCCACAGAUGGCUACAAUUUGGUACAAUGAAGUGUUCAACUAUACAUAUCAUUCCAGACGUUGCUCCAGUGUUUGUGGACACUACACACAGAUGGUGUGGGCAACUACGACAGAAAUAGGCUGUGCAAUGCAGCGAUGUGACAGUCUUCGGCCAGAAUGGACUCCACCCGUUUAUCUUAUGGCUUGUCAAUACGCCCCAGGUGGAAAUUACAUCGGGGAAUGGCCCUACAAAGCUGGUCGUCCUUGCAGCGAAUGCCCCUGGAAAUAUGCAUGCGCCCGCAAUCAGUGUGUCAAGGUUCACAAAAGGCCUAAACCACAUCCCUGA